GACCGCCAAACAUAAACAAUUCUGGAAUGGCUUCCAUUAAUGGUGAAGUUGUGACCUAGGUUUUUUGUUGUCAUCUCAGUAGCUGGGGAAAAAUGGAGAAAUAUAAGCAUGUUCUACCGGGACAGCAUGUCUAUAAAGGACGUUUAUUUUUUGGUUUUUCGCCACCAGAUGUUCUGGAUGCCGUCAAAGAUUUUGACGUCAGAGAAGAUGACGUUUUUAUUGUGACGUACCCAAAAGCAGGAACAACUUGGCUUCAAGAAAUUGUAUGGCUGAUUGUAAACGAUGGAAACAUCCAAAAAGCAAAGGUGGAGCAAGUCUACUUUCGGUCGCCAUUUUUGGAAUUCAAAGACCUGGUGCUAAACGAAGUAGGCCUCGAACUUGCUAAACCCAUGCCCUCCCCAAGGGUCAUAAAAACUCAUCUCCCCGUGGAUCUGGCACCUACUGGGAUCUUCAAAACCAAAUGCAAAAAAUUAGUCCUGUUUAGGAAUCCAAAGGACCUUUGCGUCUCCUAUUUCCACUUUUAUCGUUCCAGUUCGUCCUUUGGAAACUUCCAAGGAAGUUGGCCGGAGUUUCUGGAAAUGUUUUUAGAUGGACAUGUCGACCAUGGUUCCUGGUUUGAUUUCACAAAAGGAUGGUGGGAUAAGAGGGAUAACUCUGAUGUCUAUAUUUUGUAUUACGAGGAUAUGAAAAAGGAUCUGAAAAAUGAAAUUAAGAAGAUGAGCUGCUUUCUCGAUAAGAGCGACAUAUCAGAAGAUACAGUGGACAAAAUAGCCAAUCACUGCUGCUUUGAGAGCAUGCGCACAAACCCUAUGACAAAUCACCACGACGUAUAUUCCAUCAACAAAGAGAUUUCACCUUUACUCCGAAAAGGUAUGGUUGGAGAUUGGAAAUCUCACUUCACUGUCGAGCAGUCGGGAUAUUUCGACUUGUUAUACGCCGAGAAAAUGAAGGGAAUCGACAUACCUUUUCAGUAUCAGCUUUAGAAAAGUCAAAUAAAAUAGAAUCUUUAUUUAUAUGCAAUACACUUGUUCAGUAAAAUGCUAUUUUGAUAUUAUUCACCUGAAUGUAAUCUUGUUCUUAAAAUAUAUAUGGGAAGAAACGUUUUCAACUUUGUUAUCUCGAACAUUGACAGUUUUUCACCAGCAGUCCGACAUGACCAUGAAAUUCGACUAUAACAUAGAUUGUUUACGUCGCAAUAUCUUGGCACGCCAUAACAGGACAGAGUCGAAGAAUAAAAAUCUGUAUAUAAAAUGGUCGAAGUUCAAAAACAUUAGAGAUUUUGAAUAUAAGUUGAAUACACCUUUGUUGUACAUGUAAUA